CUGAACCGUCUUUUACAGCGGGACAUCAAAUAUAGAGACGAAAGUAUUUUAAAAUCAAUCAAAAAAUUCUGCCAACACACUAAUUCCCAACCAGCAAGCAAAUAAUUUGGAUGAAAAACCAUUGCUAGUAGUCUUUAGUUGUCUGCAGUAAAAAGUAUUCGUACAAAAUGUUGGGGAAAGUGAAAAAUCGAAUUAUUGUCAUUUACAUGACAAUAGGAUUGUUCUAUAUACUGGUCAAUAUCAAAGCAUCUUCUACCUACAUGAGACCAAAACGACAGAUGUGGUCCAUGGAUCAUCCAGGAAUUGUUUUAUAUAGACAACAUCCAAACGCUAUGAGAAAGUUUUAUUGGUACAACAAUCGGACUCCUAUUUUGGUUGGAAAAAUGCGCUUGAAAAACUACAUGCGUAGUAUGCAGAUGUUACCAAGAUAUGUACACACACAUGUUCCAUAUCACGAAGCUUAUGCCAAUUCAAAAAGAAGCGUCUUCAGGGACUUGAAUAACGUUCAUGGUUUUAAAACCACUGCCACACCUUCUACUACUACAACAGUGGACUACGUUGCGGCCCCUAUUAACACAAUUGAGUAUACUUCGGGUCCCGUAAACCCUCCAGUGGAUUUUAAUAUAGCUCCCGUUAACGCUUUCGUACCGCUUGCUGCGGGAACAGUUUCAAAGGCAGAACGUUUGAUGGGCGUUACGAAUCAGUGGAGUCAUUCUGACUACUCCAAUGAAAGCUGGACAAAUUGCGCAGAGAACUGCUUCAAAAACUCGUUCCAAGACUAUCCAAAAGACCAAUAUAGCUCCCACAGUAUGCCCAGUGAACAACCAGUGACUACGACAACUACUUUGCCUUACUUUAACUAUGUUGCUCAUACCUACUUUACCCUUGACGAUGUAAUUCUACCUCAUUCUGCAUCAAAAUUGGCUAAAUCUCCAGUAGAGGACCAACAAUUUCACCCAAGUCACGCAGAAUUUACAACAGAAAGACCUCAAGAGCUCUUUACAGAACGAUUACAGCGAACAACACUGCCAAUUUCAACUACCACUACGACAACUACUGACAUUAUACCAGCGAAAACAACUUUUUUUGAUUUCGAAUAUAGCACCAGACCGAGUUGGUUUAGUUCGACAACCUCGACCACAACAACAACAACCGAAUCUACAUCUACGGUUCCUCAAAAUCAUCAAAUUUGGACAACACCACAACCAACUCAAAAUAGCUUUCCUACAGCGAAUGUUACAACACAAUCCUUCAAACAUAGACUAAAGUCCAUGAAAGCCACCAAAAACUUUUCGUCAAAUAUUGAAACUAAAUUGAAAUUGUUGAAGCUUCAUCUGAAAAAUUUAGUUACAACCAAAGAAACACCAAAGAGUAUACAAAAUCUAACCACAUCAGCUGUUUUCGAAAGUAAUACUACAUUACCGGAUACGAUUUCUAGUACACACACACCCACAACAAGAAGAACAAAUGUGAACAGAAAAUUGAGAAAACUAAGAGUUUUGGCAUCGACUAAAAAAGUUCCGGUUCAAAUAUCUAGGAAUUCCACAAGUCCCAAUAAAGCCAAAGUGGAUUACAAGAAGUCAAAACGAAUUUAUCAAAGGCGCAAACACUUUAAUUCCACCGUAGCGCCAGAACCAACAAAAAACGCAACAAUCGAUAAGGAAAUCGAAUCGAUAAAUAAGUUUAAACGCCGAACAACAGCAGCCACGCAAAAAACGACAAUUAUCGAUGAAAAUGUAAUCGUUCGAAAUUCGACGAAAGCUAUUCGACACACUGUUGCAAAAUCUCGCUCCGACGGAAUACCUGAAGAAAAAUCGCAACUAGUGACAGAAUCGGCAAUUAUGACUAUUUCCAGCGGGACACUAAGAAUGAGGCAGCCAGUAAUUAAAUUAAAAUCGAAGCAGCACAGCACCAGAAAAAUAAAACAUUUAGAGAACGACAACUUCAUACCAUCCCUGCCUAUCGAGGUGUAUUUUAAAAAAGUAAAUCAGCAGUAAACACCGAUAGUCUGAAAGUCAUGCAUAUAACUUGUGAAAAUUAACAGGGGAAUAUUAAAUAUUAUUUAUACAUACAGAGACAUUAUUAAGCACCAAUAAAA